AGAAUACGAGGCUUAGCAGUCCAUUAUUUCUCUUAUUUAAAACAAUUUUGGCUGAAUUCCAAAUUUCCACUAUCAAGAACGUUGUAGGUAACCUGAAUCCGAAUAUUCGCAUACAUAUAUGAUGAUAUAUCUCGCUGUCUGUGUCUGCGCCUGUGUCUCUGACUCUGUCUCUAGCCGUUGAGUUUGAGUUACAGUUUCAGUUUCCCCUCCAUUUUCUCAACGCUCCCAAGUUUCGUUUUUUUUAUAAAAAAAAAAAAAUAGCCCCAAACCCAUCUCCUUUGACUUUCCCCUCAAUUUCUCGCCUUCCUCUUCACGUUUUAACUCUCUCCCCCUCUCUCUAUCUCUCAAAGUUCAACCCGAAGUUAAUCCAAAAUUCAUCAACUGCUCCUUACUAUGCCUCUAACAAAUCCCUCCCUCACGCCAUGAUCGACUCUCAGAGCUCCAACUACUCCUUCGACUCCGCCUCCAUCCCCGCCACCGAUCAGAAUGUGGUCCGGAGUCGGAGAAGCUGCGAUGGGGGCCAGAUGCUUGCUUCUGCGCCAUCACGCCGCUGGCGCGAUAUUUUCUGGUUGGCAGUGUUUAUGAUUCAUCUGGCUGUUAUGGGAUUCAGUCUCGUGGUUCUUGGGCUCAAUAGAUUCGAGAAAACGGAUAGGCUAAACAUUGAUAAGUACACCAAUGGGUUUAUGGAACAACACAAGGGCUUGACGGAGAAUUACUGGCCAAUGUAUGCUGUUGCCGGUGGUGUUGGAACUGCUCUUGGAUGUACUUGGUUGUUUUUGUUGGGCUCGCAUGCGAAUGUAAUGAUGAAGGUUUCAGUGCACAUUUUGACUACCUAUCUUGCUGUGAUUAGUGUUUUGUGCUUUUGGGGCGAGCUGUUCCUUUGGGGUGUUGUGUUUGCAACUGGUGCUGCUUUGCAGUUUUUGUAUGUAAUCUCGGUAAUAGACAGACUUCCUUUUACCAUGCUGGUGUUGCAAAAAGCUGUAAAGAUGGUAUGGAGUCUUCCAGAAGUUAUGAGAGUAGCAUAUGUAUUUAUGUUUGUUAUGCUUUUAUGGGUGGAAUUAUGGUCUUUUGGAGCAGCUGGUGUUGUGGCUUCAAGCAUGGGUGUCGGUGGAUGCUGGUGGCUUCUUUUGGUGUUAUCUGUAAGCUUAUUUUGGACUGGUGCAGUCCUCUGUAAUGCUUUACAUGUUAUAGUAUCUGGGAUGGUGUUUCUUGUUCUUAUCCAUGGUGGUCGAGAAUCAUCAUCAAUACCUCCGAGUUCCCUGAUGAAGUCACUACGGUAUGCUGUGACAACGUCUUUUGGUAGCAUAUGCUAUGGAUCACUUUUCACAGCUGCUAUUCGGAUGCUACGUUGGGAGAUCAGGGGAGUCCGGUCAAAGAUUGGCAACAAUGAGUGUUUACUUUGCUGUGUUGACUUCCUUUUUCAUCUUGUGGAGACUCUUGUUCGUUUUUUCAACAAGUAUGCCUAUGUUCAGAUUGCUGUUACUGGCAAAAGCUUUAACCGUUCGGCAAGGGAUGCCUGGGAGUUAUUCCAAUCAACUGGGGUUGAAGCUCUUGUUGCCUAUGAUUGUUCAGGUGCUGUUCUAUUAAUGGGUAUUCUUUUAGGUGGGCUUGUUACUGGAACUUGCUCAGGAGUUUGGACCUGGAUUAAAUGGACAGAUAGAGUGAGCAUGGUGGGGUCCACUGCAAUGUUGAUGGGAAUGGUCUUGGUGGGACUGGCAAUGGUGGUGGUUGAAAGUGCAGUUACAUCCAUAUACAUUUGUUAUGCAGAAGAUCCAUUGCUGAUUCAAAGAUGGGAUUCCGAAUUUUUCAACCAGAUGUCGGAGAUGCUACACCAGCGUCUUCAGUAUAGGAGUGCCCGAGCAAGGAAAGUUUUAACCCAAAAUCGGCUUGAUGGCCACAUACAAGAAAUCCCACCUGCUUGAAAUGCCCAUUUUUGUUUACAACAGGCACAAUGUAAUUCAACUCUCUUUGAUUUAUCAACUUAGAUAUAUAUGAAUUAUUUUGUUUUUGGUU